CAACGUACCUUUUAUUGUAUCAAUUACACUAAUUAUACAUGAAAUUCAAUAUUUGUACCUGAUUUUUAUUCUAUUUAGAUGCGGAGUUAGCUUAUUUAAAAAAAGUAUUUGUUAUUGAUUGUAUUGAAUUCUCCCGCCCAGACCCUAAUAGCGAGAUCUUGUCAGCCGUGCGGUGGCUGAACAGCUACCGGCCGAAAACAUAGAACAAAAUGAGUCAGAAUUAGCAGGAUUUCCCCACUUUACCCUCUGGUGACAACCAGGAAAGGGUGGAAAAGAUGGCCAUGGAGCUUCGGCUGAAGAGCCCUGCCGGGGCCGAGCCUGCGAUCUACCACUGGCCGCUGCAGUCGGACAACAACCGGGACGAAGCGCUGGAGAUCAUCGAGACGAUCAGGUGGGUUUGCGAGGACUUCCCCGAGCUGAAGCUGGCGAUGGAGAACAAUGUUCUCCUGGACUACGACACCAAGAGUUACGAGAGCAUGAAGACCAUCUGUGACAAGUACAACCGUGCCAUCGACGCCACUCUGCAGCUGUGUUUCCGUGGUAACCAGGUGCGUGGCACCACGCGGCCGGCACAGCUGCAGACGCGCCCGUCCCGCGGCCUGCUCCGCCACAUCCUGACCCAGGUCUACAACCACUCCAUCGACAACCCCGACAGGCUCAACAACUACGAGCCUUUUUCUCCUGAGGUGUAUGGAGAGACUUCGUUUGACCUGAUCGCCCAGAUGACUGAUGAGAUCACCAUCACGGAGGAUGACACCUUCAUGGACCUGGGCAGUGGUGUUGGACAGGUGGUUCUCCAGGUGGCAGCCUCCACGCCAUGUCGGUUCUGUUACGGUGUGGAGAAGUCUGAAGUCCCUGCCUUAUACUCGGAGAGAAUGGAUGUGAACUUCAGGAAGUGGAUGAAGUGGUAUGGGAAGACCUACGGGGAGUACAAAUUGGAGAAGGGGGAUUUCUUGACUCCAACAUUCAAAGAUAAAAUUGCCAAUACUAGUAUUGUGUUUGUGAACAACUUUGCCUUCGGCCCCUCCGUGGACCACCAACUCAAGGAAAGAUUCGCAAACAUGAAAGAAGGUGCUAAAGUCGUCUCUUCCAAAGCUUUCUGUCCUCUCAACUUUCGUAUCACGGACAGAAACCUCAAUGAUAUAGGUACGAUCAUGCGGGUGUCGGAGUUGUCUCCGCUACGCGGGUCCGUUUCGUGGACGGGCAAGCCCGUGUCGUACUACCUGCACGUGAUCGACAGAACAAUCUUGGAAGACUACUUCAGUAGUAAAAUUCAUAAUAAUUCUCAGGGGCUCGAACGAGGGCGGAACGGACGCUCUAAUAGCAGCGGCAGUAGCAGUAGCUCGCCGACGCGCAGCAAUGAUUUCCGCGCCGCCAAGAACAUCAGCUUCGACAAGGAGAACGAAGAGAACAUCUAUGGCGCCACAACGCGGCGACAGUGGCAGGAGUGGAUAGCUGGGAAGAAGCCAGACCAGAUGGGCAAGAACCCUCAUGAAAGGAUGGAGGUUCCCACAUGGAGUUUUCACAACUACACUAGAGCUGUGAUGGGGCCGGCUAUGUGGGGGUCAGUGGGCAUGCCGGCUGAACGGAGACCACCUUCCCCCCCUGAAGCCGAGGGCGACAGGAAGAAGGGUAGCAAGAGGAAGCAGCGUCAGGCCGCCAAGCGCGGGCCAGGGCGCCCCAAGAAGACUGACGAGACCGAGGAGUCGGCCGAACCAUCCAGUAAAUCACGGCGAAGGCAGAAGAUUGCCAAAUGUAAAACUGCUGCACUGGACCUGCUGCAUGCUCAAACUGUGUCAAACAGCACGUCUCCACAAGGUGCUCAGCACGACCGCGGGCCGACAAGUCCGUAUGAUCGGACGGUUCCCUUCACCCUCCCGCCUCACCCAUAUCGUCUUCAGCAGCAGCCAAUGGUGGAGCAGGCUUUUCCCGCUCUGCAACGUUUGCUGGAAACUUUCAAGAUGCAGUACCUCCAGUUUCUGGCCUACAUGCGGACACCAGACUACAAGCAGCAUCUACAGCAGGAAAUACAGCAGGAAAAGGCCCGACAGGAGCAGCUGACCGCCAAGGCCAGCCAGCUGAGCCAGCAGAUUGAACAGCUGCUGGGGGAAGGCAAGAAGCUGCUGUCCACCAGACUACAGGAGCUGGGCAUCAAGUCAGCUGCAGACAUCCUGACGCUGUCCCAGAAGGAGGUGGUGCGGAACAGGGAGCUGCACCAGAAGGCACAGCAGCUGCAGCAGGACAUCGACAAACUGGAGGCAGACAACAACAAAAAGGACCCAAACGGUGUGACCCGUGAGGCGGUGAUGCAGGAGAUCAUGGCGGCCAUGGCGGAGAGAAAACGUCUGAAGAAACUCACCAACCAGCUGGAGACAGAGGUCGCGACCUUGCAGAAGGGCGGGUCGGAGAAGGACUCAGCAGAGCAUGCUGGGAAGGACCAGGAGGGUGAGACAGCAGAUGGGGAGCAGGAAAAAAGACUUGCCAAUGAUGUGUCCACCAGUGCUUCUGUUGCUAUGGCAACAGCAAAGCUGACAUCUCCCCUGACAGGAGGGUUGGAGAGCCUGAGUCCUGACCGGAGUGGAGGAGGGGUGGGGAAGCAGCUGUCCCCCCACCCUGCCAGACAGGGCAGCCCGCUGCCUGACUACCGACGCUACUCCCCCGCCAAGCUCGCUCUCAGGAAACACUUCUCUCAGGAACCACGGUUAGCAGGUUGUGUGGAUCUGCUGGGGCCAGCUCUGCAGAGGGAGCCAAAGGAGGGGGACCGCCCCUCCCCUCCCUCUCAGAGCCAGGGGGACGGGGCUAAACAGCCCGUGGAGGGGGCAGCGUCCUACAUGGGUGGGCGCAUCUCCCCCGUCAGUCCGGUCAGCCCUCCGGUCGCAGGGUUCAGCCUGCCAAUCAGCAUCCCGCUGGAGAGCGUGGACCCCCCGAAACUGCCGGUGAGCAUUCCCCUGGCAAACCUGGAUGCUGCCGAGAAGGAAGGUACCAUUCCGAAGGAGGUAGGGCAGCAGGGACAGGGGAGUAAGUCCCCGAAAGGGAAAGCCAAAGGGAGGAAGAACUCGAGCACCUUCCCUAGCACCGAAGCAGGGACAGCUUCUCCUGGUGGCCAGGCAGCAAUGGGGGGAGACCGUCCUCACAGUAACAGUAGUGUGAGUUCGUCGCGCAGCUAUCCGAGGAACACCCCCAGCCCCCGAGGAGGGGUGUCCCCCUUCAGCAUCGACAAGCUGGUCUCCAGAGAGCGGUCGCCUAGCACCAGCCAAUCUGCUGCUCAGUUUGCGAGGUCCGAUGGAACCCCCACAACCACCCUUCCCACCUCCAUGGGUUUCGGGACUCUGCAUUACUCAGUCAACAUGGUAGGGGGCGCAGGUGGACAAGGGUUUGUGAAUCCUAUGAUGUAUUCCAGCCUAGAACAAGCCAAGAGACCGGUCUUCAACGGUACAUCUGGUGUAAACCCAGGGGACGUUGGCCCUCAGAUUUUCUGUGGCGUGAACGCCCCAAACAACCCCAGCGUCCUGGUCAACACUGCGUGUGUCGUGGCCUCCAAGCAAACUGGAACAGACACAACACCCGCUCCAGAACCAAAGGGGAGGAAAAAGAGAAAGCGGCAGAGGUCCCCCGCGCAGGACAGCGGUAGCAAGAAGCCGGCAGUGUCUGCUGCUCCGCCUGUACUUACCUCUCCUACCUCAACAGCCAAUCACAAAAAUAAGGUAACUGAGGAAAAUGCUAAACUGGAGGGAGGUGCAAGCAGCGAAGGUAAAAAUGAGGACCUGCCUACAGCCAUCGCGAACAUCGUAACCAACAUCAACCAACCGCUGGAGAUCACGGCCAUCUCGUCCCCCGAGUCUGCCCGUGAUUCACCAGUGGCAGAGGUGUCCUCCAGGACAGUGCCUGGACAAACUGUCAUCAGCAGCCUGGCAAAAGCACAGGCACAGGAGAAGGGUGCAGUGGACAGUCCUGAAGACAAGACCAGUUCCAGCAGCGUAGAAAAGGCUAAACGACCCCUGACCCCGGGAAAGAAGCCCCCGUCGCUGCCCAAGGAAUCUGCGAUGGUUGUGGCCGAGAAUGACGACCAAUCGAAGCACACCAUCUCCCCAAACACCAAGAAGUGGCAGGCCCAGCUCAGCAGCGGGUUUGACGCGCUCAUGGCGUUUGCGUCGUCGGAGCUGGACCGGAGUCGUCGGAAGAGUUCUGAACACGAGAAGGAGCAUCAUGACAGCCAGGACUUUGACCUACGGGAGAUGGUUUCCUCCCCUGAGUUGUCUGACAACGAGGAGUCUGCUGCAAGCAAGAAAAAGGAGACAGACGCCUCCCAGCAGAACAAACAGGACCAGGCUGCACAGGGUAAGGCAGGGGGCAAUGACCUACAGGGCGCUGACCCGCAGGUCAAGACAGAAGAGGUGGACUUCAAGUCAGAGACGGACACAGCGGAGGAAGACAUUCCCGAGGACGGUACGUCGACCAACUACCCCCCUGAAGAGUGGAGCCAGGGGGGGCAGCCGUACAGGUGGCGGGAUGGGAGGGAGCUGGCGUUUAAGGUGGAAGCAGAGCGACAUGACCGUGGCAUGAAGCUGGAAGGGUUCAUGUGGGGGGAGCGGGGUACCGCUGGGAUGUACCGAGGUGGCGGUGGUGGUCACCAUGGUAACGGUGGUGGUUCCGGCGGAGGUGCUGGUGGUGGUGGGCAGAACUUCUCACCCAAUAACAGAUUCCAGCGGGGGUUCAGGCACCCGUCAGGGGACAAAGGUAGGAAGUACCAGCAGGGUAAGCGGCCCUGGCAGAAUCGAGACCGGCGCGGGGGUGGACCCGCACACGAGGGGAAGUUCGGGAAAAUCAAGAAAUUCAAACAGAAGAAGCCGUGGCAAAAGGGCGACAAGUCCUUCCAAGACAACAACAGUCCCAGCCCGGGCUUCAUGCAGAAUCAGCCCCCCAUGUCUACAUCUGCCGGCGGCUCCAUGUACCCAAACAUACCGCACCCGGGAGCGUUCGGGACGUCCGGAUACGCGCCGGUGGGAGCGCUAGCGGCGCCUGGCGGGAUGAGACCGUACCAGGCUGACAGCAUGGAGCUCACUAAGCCAGGGUUCCAGCCUCACUUCCACUCCGCCUUCCCCCCUCCCUCCUCCUCCUCCUCCCCUGCCUUCUACAACACCUCCCUGGGGAAGAACUUCUACUCCGUCCCCCCUCCAUCGAUCACUCUCCCCCCUCCCAGCAUGUCGACCCACUCCCACGAGCAGCUCCCCCCUCCCCCUCCGCCUCCCGGUAUGCCCCCCUCUCACCUCCCACCACCCCCUCCACCCUCUUCAAACAGCUCCAGCCUACCCCCUCCCCCGCCACCUCCUGGGCAGCCCCCUCCUAACCUGCACCCUCCUCCAAUGCCCCCCCUGAAGAACGCCCCCCUGCGUCCUAGUGCCGUAAGCUCACCGAUGUCAGCCAGGUGGGUGCCGGUCCCUUCCAGUGUGGGACCACAGCCUCCUCUGCUGCAGCCCUAUGGCAUGAUGGGAAUGAACAAACCCAUGGCUCCCUUCCCAGGGUUCCCUGACUACAGCAACAGGCCGAGAUGACAGAAGAAAGGUGGCAGCUAGAAUGUGUUGGCUGACUACCUCAUCGAGUUGGAACAACUAUGCAACACCAGCCAUGCAGACAGCCAAUCACAGCAAGCUUGAUACCCAACCAACCAAUCACAACAAGCCUGGCAAUCAGCCAAUCCAGGCCAGCCUAGUAGAAGGCCAACCAAUGACAGCAAGCCUCACAACAGCAAAGACAUGCUGGAAAAUGCAGGUUUCUAUGAGAGAAUGAAUAACUUAAAGAUGUUAAAGAUUGAAAUGGUUUUGCAUUCUAUUAGAUACUUGCAUCGGUUUUACACCUAUACACUGAUUCACAUGAAUUGUAGGCUAUUGUGUAAGAUAAUGAAAUUAAAGUUAAAGACUGACCCCUUAAUAAAUUGUAAACAUUCACACAUCUACAAGAUAACAUCAUAAAUAGACUGUAAAGAUGUACAUGUAUCAGCAUUUCUUCACUGUAGGUUCUAUGCUAGUAUAGGUCAAGUCUAGUGGUCAGUAUGUCAAAAUGAAGUAACUGUCCGAGUAUUUUCUGGCCGUUUUACCAACAGCUUUAAUGGCGAUCUGACGC